AUGGGCAGCUUUGCUGACGGCGACGAUUUGGAUGGGACCAUGGGCGAAGGAGAUGACUCAACUAUGUCAGGCGUGGCCUACGAUGGCGUAGAAGAUGAAGAGUUCAGACGUCAAAGUCUUCCAAGCAUGGGUGUACAACAGUCUUCUGGCGACCAUUACGACGCGCACUCUCGCACAUACCCCCCCGCAGUUUCGCGGGCGGCAGCGAGCGGCCUAUAUCCGCCGAAUGUGAAUCCCAGCCAGGUUGGCACGGUUGGCACGGUUGGCUCAUCCAGUGUUCCUGACAGCAUGGCGAGCAGCCACACAGCAAACACCAGCGUUUCCUCUAUCCCCGGCGGUACCGGAGGCUCGGGAAUGUACUCGCAGGCAGGCAUGACGGAGAGCCCGAAGCCCCUAAGCCCCGGUCUUCCAAGUCACGAUUCCGCCAACCUGGCGAGACAACGAUCACCGAGUAUGUCUCAGCAAUACCAACAGCAGCAGGUUGGCAGGGCCUCAUCGGACCUGCAAUCACCACACAGCAGCAGCCAGCCAAGACCAAAACUACCAGGUCUGUCACACACAGGAUUUGUGGCACCGAAUUCUGGCACAUACUCUCACGACCGCACGUCAAGCGGACCCCAGCCUUCUGGAGAUAGUGGCAAUAUGUUUGCUCAAAGCGACCCCAGCGUUUGGGAAUAUAUACGUCUGCUAGAGGACAAGAUCAAGUCUCUGUCGGAUAAAGUUGUGUCACUAGACCAGGAGGUGGCUGGCCUGAAGAAGCAUUUUGACACUCGGGAAGGUGCUUCGACGACGUGA